GCGCAUGCGCGCUGGCGUCUGUUUCCUGCUUUUUAAAUGAGUACCUGUGCUGCUUUUUGACCCACCUCUGUCGAGUGUGUGUGUGUGUGUGAUCAGGAUAUCGUAUCUGCUGUUUUUUUCCCCCCCUUAAAACUCGCUCUCUCACCCACUCACACACACUCCCGUUAUUUCAGGGCGCUGUGGCUGAUAUUCACUCUUUACCUGUCCGGGUUGCUCACCUGAGCGGACUCACCUGUCCCGACGCCAUAAGACUUUUUGUUUCCUUUUUGCUUCCAGAGCUGGAAAGAAAAUCAAACUGAGAACAAGGUGUGUGUGAAGGAAAAGAAGAGAUUAAAGCUUACGAAACGAGCAGAAAAGACGCAAGGAGGAAGGAGAAAACGGGGACCGACACCUUCCAUUUUUUUUUCCUUGCAACUUUAGAGUUUCCUGCUUUUGUAACUUUUUGGUUGACUUUACGUCGCGAAAAGCGGCUUCUCCAAAAACAAACGAACCCUUAAAGGAUAAGGGUAUUCGCUUAAUUGAGCAUGCCGAGGGCUUUCUUGGUGAAAAAGGCGAAUGUUUCGCCGGGAAAGCGGAACUGGAGUGAACUCCCUGAUCAUGAACGAGGGGACGUCUACAUCCCAGUCUCCAUCUUCCCUCCGUCCGUCUUGGUGAUGGAUUCUGAAGCCAGCCCCGCCGAGACGCCUCCUCUCUGCCUCACCAAGCACUCUCUCUCCGACACGCGAACGCACGCCGAGCUGCCGUCCAGCACGGUGCUGGGCCGACCCCAGAGCUCCGCGGCUCCACCGGAGGAGAGGUUAGGGAUCAAGAGGAGGUCGCAGGGCGCCUCCACGUACAUCCGAUCUAAAAUUAAGGUGACUACAGGCGAGUUACCCCCCGAUCCUUCUCUCCCUCUCCCUCUCCUUGCUAUUCCUACCCCGCCUUCCUUAACCUCAAACGCCACUGCGAUGCCGGUUGCCUUGACGACAACCCCUGCCCCCCUAGAGACGGUCUCCACGGUGACCAGAUCAGCGGUUCAAAGUCAGAGUUCUUCGACAGGGACGACGGGGGCGUUCGUGUGUCAGGUUUGUCAGAAGACGUUCCAGUACCAGCGGAUGUUAAACAGACAUAUCAAGUGUCACAACGAGACCAAGAGACACCUCUGCAGCCACUGCGGCAAAGGCUUCAACGAUACCUUCGACCUCAAGAGACACGUUCGCACACAUACAGGCGUCCGCCCCUACAAGUGCAGCCUGUGCGACAAGGCCUUCACCCAGCGCUGCUCCCUGGAGUCCCACAUGAAGAAGAUCCACAACGUCACCCUGAAGUACGCCUACAAAGAGCGACGCAACAAGCUGUACGUCUGCGAGGAGUGCGGCCACACGGUGGGAACUCAGGACGAGCUGCUGCUCCACCUCCAGUCGCUCCACCCCGACAGCGCCCUGUUGAAGGGGAAAGUCGCAAGGAGAGCAGGAGGAGGAGGAGGAGGAAGAGAGGGAGGGUCAGUCGGAGGAUCAACCCCAGGUUCUCCCCAAGGAGCUGAUAGCGACGAUACCACCGGAUCAGCAGGGCAGUAGAGGAGAGGGAAGCCCGAAAGAUCAUCAAAACUCAGGGUGGAUGGAUGAAGGAUGGAUGUAGGCAUUAACUCAUAUGAAUAGGUGAAGUGAUAGAGUUACAAACAGAUUACAUAACAGUGGUGAAAGUAAAUGUAUGUGUUUAUGGAUUUAGGCUUAUAACAAGGUUAAAUGACAUGUCUGACUUUGACUAAUAUAUUAUAUAUAUAUAUUUUUACAUGUGAUUGCGAUGUGGAUGAGAUAACUAACGUGUGACAAUACCAACCUAUUUUCCUUCUUUUGUAUUGCAUGUGAAUAUUAAGUGUGGGAUUCUCUGUACAGCAAAAAGAUGAGUUUUCUAUGAAAAAAAUAACAUUAAAGGGAGUAAUAUAUUACACAAGAAUGAAUUAUCCUUGUUUUUUUUUAAAGUAUAAAUUGUGAUUAUUAUGUAACCUACAUUAUGGACAGCCUGAAACUGGUCGAUGGUGGUAUUGGUGGUGGUUCCCGGCCAGUGAAGUGAACUCAUAAAGAUACUGUUUCAUAAUGAAA